UGGCGGACGAAAGACUUUCUUUGAACAGACAAUUGCAAGAGGCCGUUCAUUCUGGACAUUUAUUAUUAAUGAUUUACUGACAAUGAGAUUUUGUCUUCUCUCUGCUGGCGUGAAGCAAUUCAAUGGAGGCGCAUUGACAAAGAGGAUCCACAAGACGUCACAACUUACAAGGUGUAUGUAGCUCUUUUCAAAGGCAGUCCGGUCGCCCACAGAGGUGUCUUUUGGAGUUUGAGUGCUUUGAACCUCGCUGUCCACAUUGGUCAAUUUGGAACGGAGCAGGCAAGUAGUUGCUGGGUAAACACUGUAAGGCCUGCUGUGUACAUACUGAGCAGAAAGUGCAUUGAGUUUGCGUACUUGUGUAUACUAGGACUUACAGUUGAUUUGUAAACAGAGCGUUGUACAGCUAGGGGCAGGGACACAAACUCUUUUUGGUACCAAGUUGGAAUGGCAGGGAGUGAGGACGGGCAGGCUGCUCCAGAUGUACAAGCACAGGAAGCCAAGCUUGCCAGCAAAUACGGUGGCCGCCUGCCUAAAAAGCCACCACUAAUCUCAAAGGAGGGCGAAAGGACGUACUUUGAUUCUGCGGACUGGGCCCUCGCGAAAGAAGGGGAGGCCCCUCAAGUGCCAAAACCCAAGUCACCUCUGGACGCUUUGAAGAAGGGCACACCAAAGAAUCGCAUUGAGGCACUCAGGCCCAAACUGGAGCCAACACCGCACCCUAAGAAUCACAGAAGGUCGUCAUUGACAGAAGUGAAAACGGCCACUGGGAACGAUCCUGAAGUAAAAGAGGAUCUGGGCGAUGAGAAAGAGCCAGCAGCUGAUGACGAAGAACCUGCUGUGGAGUCGCUUUGACCGGCGUUUCUCUUGCCAGUGUACCAUAGGACAGUACCCUUGUAGUAGCCCCGAUAUUUGAUUGAUGGUCGCUUUUGACAAUUGCAUGUUUGUCAGGAUCGUCUCGUCGAGGCCCUGCAUGGUAGAUCGCCGCAGAAUUGUCUCCAUACAAUAUGUGACGGGGCCCGGCCUCAUCCUAGGUACUUGCAUCCAUAGUUAGUUACGUGGCUGGCCUUGAUUAUCAGCCCUACUGCUUUUGCUUACGGUAGGCGUAUGGUACGGUUGCAACUAACCAUGAUGAGCGCUCAGC